UUAAUCAUGUGGAAAUCCUUUCCAUGAUUUUUUUUAUGUUCGUUCAAAGAGUUAUUUUUUUGAGUGUAUGGUGUGUGUGUGUGUGUCCAGAACCUUUACCUUCUCCUGGGCAUCUGCAAGAGACUACUGUUCGAGUGAUGGAUCAAUCAACGUGUGCUAAACGCUGUACUCUUGCGUUCAACAGUAAUAUGAUUUGUGCUGGUUCAAGUUCCGGUAGCCACGGGGAGGGGGAUUCUGGUGGUCCAGUGGUGAAUCGGUUGUGUUCGUUAUGGGUUCAGUCUGGUGUCAAGAGUACGAUUUUAGGGUGUGCCCUGCCCGACUUACUUGGUGUUUACACUCGUGUGUCAGAGUAUCAGCAAUGGAUCACAGGGGUAAUAAAAGAAAACCUGCCUGGAUUUGUCCUUUUCAACCCCCCAGAUCAAUGUUCUCCCGCCAGCAAGGGCUCAGACUCCUGUCAUGGGAGAUGUAAUGAGAAGUACAAUGCUGGUUUUGCCUGCAACUGCAAUGCUGACUGCAACACAGACUGCUGCAGCGAUUACAAAAAGCGAUGUGAUGAAUGAGUGAGUCCUAACACAACUUCCAUGAAUUAAACUUUCUUUAUCUUUCAAUCACUGGACAUUUUUGUAUCUCUGAAGGCGAAGUACUGAAUCUGGCGAAUCUGGGGAUCCUUAUCAACACCUCACUUGCACACGUCUGUCACAUGAUAAAGACUCUUUUUAUCUGUUAUCUGUGAAAUUUUUGCAACAAAAUCUGCAUUUAGUAACCAGUUUCGUAGCAAACAGCAUGAAACAACUCUUUAUAUACUGUUUAUUUUUAUAUGAUUUUCAAAUAGCACGUACAGCUCUGUGUUUAAAUGAGAGUUUGAGAGAAGAAUGUUCAUCUAAUCUUGUCAAGCACAACACAAGGAUAUGCACAACAGUUUAUCACAAUAAUAUGAGAUAAAAGUAUUCUGGCAUCCCUUCACCACCCAAGUUGUGAAAUGUAUUGUGGGAAAUGUUUAAUGCUGUACUUCUUGUAUGUUAUCUGUGUCAUAUAAAUGAGGUUACACCACAGUCACCACACCAUAAUGGAAAAAGUACUUCAUUAUGUUUCAGCAUGUGCAAAAGGGUUUUAUGAGAAUAAUUAAACACUUUAGCACUGCA